UACUUUUUUUUUUACUUCAUCGAUCACAGACAGAAACCUCGACAGAAAGAGUUUUGUGAAAUGGCGAGUCGAAACUUGGAGAAGAUGGCUUCAAUUGAUGCACAGUUGAGGCUGUUGGCACCUGGUAAGGUGUCGGAUGAUGAUAAAUUGGUGGAAUAUGAUGCUCUGUUGUUGGAUCGAUUUCUGGAUAUUCUUCAGGACUUGCAUGGAGAGGAUAUACGCCGAACGGUGCAAGAUUGCUAUGAACUUUCGGCUGAGUAUGAAGGUAAUGUCGACCCUAACAAACUGGAGGAGCUCGGGAGAGUGUUGACAAGUUUGGAUGCUGGGGAUUCCAUUGUUAUGGCUAAGUCUUUUUCCCAAAUGCUUAAUUUAGCCAAUUUAGCAGAAGAAGUUCAAAUAGCAUAUAGGCGGAGAAUCAAGUUAAAAAGAGGUGAUUUAGCCGAUGAGGCAUCAGCACCAACUGAGUCAAAUAUCGAAGAGACAUUCAAAAGGCUGGUGGGUCAACUCAAGAAAUCGCCUCAAGAAGUUUUUGACUCUUUGAAGAAUCAAACGGUGGAUAUUGUCCUCACAGCACAUCCUACUCAAUCCAUCCGUAGGUCUUUGCUUCAGAAACAUGGAAGAAUUCGGAAUUGUUUAGCCCAAUUGUAUGCCAAAGACAUCACUCCAGAUGAUAAGCAGGAGCUCGAUGAGGCUCUACAGAGAGAGAUACAAGCUGCAUUCCACACCGAUGAAAUCCGGAGAACUGCACCCACUCCACAGGAUGAGAUGAGAGCAGGAAUGAGUUAUUUCCACGAAACAAUUUGGAAAGGCGUUCCAAAAUUCUUGCGUCGUGUUGAUACUGCUUUGAAGAAUAUUGGAAUUUGUGAAAGGGUUCCUUAUAACGCCCCUCUUAUUCAAUUCUCUUCUUGGAUGGGUGGUGAUCGUGAUGGAAAUCCGAGGGUAACUCCAGAAGUUACAAGGGAUGUAUGUUUACUAGCCCGCAUGAUGGCUGCAAAUCUUUACUUCUCUCAAAUAGAAGACCUCAUGUUUGAGCUCUCUAUGUGGCGCUGCAAUGAUGAACUUCGUGCUCGUGCUGAUGAAUUGCAUAGAACCACAAAGAGAGAUGUAAAGCACUAUAUUGAAUUCUGGAAACAAAUUCCUCCAAGUGAGCCGUAUCGUAUUAUUCUCGGUGAUGUGAGGGAUAAGUUGUAUCAUACUCGUGAACGUUCUCGUCAAUUAUUAGCCAAUGGGGUUUCUGAUGUACCCGAGGGCAAAACUUUCACAAAUGUUGAGCAGUUUCUUGAGCCACUCGAGCUAUGCUACCGAUCACUCUGUGCAUGUGGUGAUCGACCAAUUGCUGAUGGAAGCCUUCUCGAUUUCAUGCGUCAAGUUUCCACAUUCGGGCUUUCACUCGUUAGACUCGAUAUCCGUCAAGAAUCCGAACGCCACACCGAUGUCAUGGACGCCAUCACAAACCACCUCCAAAUCGGCUCUUACCGAAAUUGGCCCGAACAACAAAAACAAGAAUGGCUCUUAUCCGAACUUAAAGGCAAACGCCCUCUAUUCGGCCCAGACCUACCCAAAACCGAAGAAAUCUCCGAUGUUUUAGACACAUUUCAUGUCAUAUCCGAACUCCCAUCCGACAAUUUCGGCGCUUACAUCAUCUCAAUGGCCACCGCACCUUCCGAUGUCCUUGCAGUCGAACUCCUCCAACGCGAAUGCCAUGUCAAAACCCCGUUGCGAGUCGUCCCGUUAUUCGAAAAACUCGCUGAUCUCAAGGCGGCACCGGCCGCCAUGGCCCGCCUUUUUUCAAUUGAUUGGUAUAAAAAUAGAAUCAAUGGGAACCAAGAAGUCAUGAUUGGGUACUCGGAUUCCGGCAAAGAUGCCGGGAGAUUCUCUGCUGCUUGGCAAUUGUACAAGGCACAAGAGGAGUUGACCCUAACUGCUAAACGGUUUGGGGUGAAGCUCACGAUGUUUCAUGGUCGUGGUGGGACCGUGGGCCGAGGUGGCGGUCCGACCCAUUUGGCGAUAUUGUCUCAGCCACCAGAUACGAUUCAUGGUUCACUUCGGGUCACGGUUCAAGGUGAAGUUAUUGAGCAGUCGUUUGGGGAGGAGCGGUUGUGUUUUCGAACACUGCAACGGUUCACAGCGGCUACACUUGAACAUGGGAUGAAUCCGCCGAUUUCGCCUAAGCCUGAAUGGCGUAAACUUAUGGACGAGUUAGCGAUUAUUGCUACUAAUGAAUAUCGUUCCAUUGUUUUUCAAGAGCCCCGAUUUGUCGAAUAUUUCCGCCUGGCAACACCUGAGUUGGAGUACGGUCGCAUGAACAUAGGGAGUCGACCAUCAAAACGGAAGCCAAGUGGUGGGAUCGAGUCCCUUCGUGCAAUUCCAUGGAUAUUUUCAUGGACUCAAACAAGGUUCCAUCUUCCUGUAUGGCUUGGCUUUGGAGCCGCAUUCAAACAUGCCAUUGAAAAGGACUCAAAGAAUCUCGAAAUGCUAAGGGAAAUGUACAACGAGUGGCCUUUCUUUAGAGUAACUAUCGAUUUAGUUGAAAUGGUGUUUGCCAAAGGGAACCCCGGGAUCGCUGCAUUGUAUGACAAACUCCUUGUUUCCGAAGAACUUUUGCCGUUCGGUGAGCGGUUGAGGGCCAAUUAUGAAGAAACUAAAAGCCUCCUCCUCUUGAUUGCGGGACACCGAAAUCUGCUCGAUGGCGAUCCGUAUUUGAAGCAAAGACUUAGAUUACGAGACUCUUACAUCACAACACUUAAUGUGCUUCAAGCAUACACCCUGAAGCGGAUACGGGACCCUAGCUAUGAUGUAAAGCUGAGGCCACAUUUGUCCAAAGAAAUAAUGGAAUCGACUAAACCGGCUGCAGAGCUUGUGAAGCUCAACCCGACAAGUGACUAUGGGCCAGGGCUUGAGGACACACUUAUCUUGACCAUGAAAGGUAUUGCAGCUGGAAUGCAGAACACGGGUUGAGCAUGGCUGCUGUGGUUGUUCGGUUGUUCCUUGUUCACUGGUUUAAUGUUAACCAAGGUCUGGUUAAUUUGUAUUUCAAGAUGUUGCGAGUAUAUCUUAAUGUUGAAACCUAUGUAUGAUAUGAACUUAUGAAAUGAUCUUUCCAUGGAUGUUUGCUGG